UGUUGUUUUGAAAAUUUGAGAGUGUCCUAUAAGUACUAAUUUUAAAUGUCACAGGCAAAAAAGUAAUUUCCGCAUAACACAUAAACAAUCAAAUGCUAAUAUAGCCAGGAAAAACUAUGAGUGAACAAGACCAAAGAAACAGAGUUGUCUUCCUCGGCGCUGGCGGGGUCGGGAAAAGCUCCAUUUUGAAAAGGUUUCUGUUCAACACCUACAGUGAUACUUACCUCGAAACAGUAGAAGACUUGUAUUCUAGGGAAUACACUAUUCAAGGUGCGGAAGUGGUUGUUGAUUUUCUGGACACCGCUGGGAAGUUGGUAUUUCCAGCAAUGAGGCGCCUGUCGAUAACAACAGCACAUGCUUUCGUUCUAGUAUAUUCGGUGACUAAGCCCGAAACGUUUGAAGAAGUAAAACGAUUGUGGGAAGAGAUCAAGGAAGUUAGAAGUAAUUACGAGGACUUGCCAUGUGUUGUUGUUGGUAACAAAGUUGACCUUGAGGAUAACAGGCAAGUGGAGAAAUUUGACGCACUAAACUGGGUUUAUAAUGAUGAAAACUGUGGGGCGUUCGUAGAGGUCUCUGCUAAGAACGGUGAAUGCAUUGUAGAAGUGUUCAAAUUACUAAUGGAAAAAGCAAAGAAUCCAAGAGCAAAGAUAAAUGAACCCUUUAUGCCGCGCAGAUUGAGUGAACAUUCCCUGGAGGUGCAAUCCCAGGCAAAGGUCAGUGCCGAUAAAACUAGUGAAAAUGGGAGCAAGUUUAGUAGAACCAGAAGUCUUAUUCGCCGAGGAAGUAAGCCAAAGAUUCGAAAGUCUCACGCCCGCUCCCAGCACCGACAGGACUGUGUUAUUUCUUAG